AUGGGAAAGAUCACCUUCUACGAGGACCGCGGCUUCCAGGGCCGCUGCUACGAAUGCAGCGGCGACUGCCCCAACCUGCAGCCCUACUUCAGCCGCUGCAACUCCAUCCGCGUGGACAGCGGCUGCUGGAUGCUCUAUGAGCGCCCCAACUACCAGGGCCACCAGUACUUCCUGCGGCGCGGGGACUACCCCGACUACCAGCAGUGGCUGGGCUUCAGCGACUCCAUCCGCUCCUGCCGCCUCAUCCCCCAGGUGAGUCACUCUGGCACAUUCAGAAUGAGGAUCUACGAGCGAGAUGACUUCAGAGGACAAAUGUCAGAGACCACAGAUGAUUGUCUCUCUCUUCAGGACCGCUUCCAUCUCAAUGAAAUCCACUCCCUCAACGUGCUGGAUGGCUGCUGGGUCCUUUAUGAGAUGCCCAGCUACAGGGGACGGCAGUACCUUCUGAGGCCCGGGGAGUACAGGAGAUACCUUGACUGGGGGGCCAUGAAUGCCAAAGUUGGUUCUUUCAGACGAGUAAUGGAUUUUUACUAA